AUGUAUACAGUAGAAUUUCAGAAGCGUGGACUGCCACAUGCUCACAUAUGUUUGUUCUUGAGUGCUGAAAGCAAAUUUCCAACUACAUCUGAUAUUGAUCGUGUUAUUAGUGCUGAGAUACCAGAUAAAGAAAGAGAUCCUGAAUUAUAUGAGCUUGUCAAGCAAUUUAUGAUUCAUGGACCAUGUGGUACAGACAACCCACUUUGUCCAUGUAUGGUUCAGCAAAAAUGUUCUAAAAAGUUUUCCAAAAAAUAUGUAGAUGAGACUUGUGUUGAUUCUGAAGGAUAUCAUGUCUAUCAUCGUCGUCAAACAAGUAAUACAGUAGUAAAGAAUGGUGUGGCACUUGAUAAUAGUUUUGUAGUUCCUUACAAUGCUCUCCUGCUCAGAAAGUAUCAGUGCCACAUUAACGUUGAAUGGUGCAACCAGUCAGGUUCUAUCAAAUAUUUGUUUAAAUAUAUUAAUAAGGGGCCUGAUAGAGUCACGGCUUCUGUUUUUCAAUCCAAUAGCACCAACAAUGAUACGCAGCAGAAUGUAGUUGUAGAUGAGAUAAAAGCAUACCUUGAUUGUAGAUAUAUCUCUGCUUGUGAAGCUGCUUGGAGAAUACUCAUGUAUGAUAUACAUUAUAGAUAUCCAGCUGUUGAAGUAUUGCCUUUUCAUUGUAAAGAUGGUCAGAGUAUUGUGUAUAACGAUCAUGAUAAUUUGUGUGAUAUUGUUACUGAUCCAACUGUGAAAAUGACAAUGUUCACAGAGUGGAUGAAUUGUAACAAAGUCGAUGAAUUUGCUAGGACAUUGAAGGGACCAACCUGUUUUGAAGAUAUAAAAACAGUUGAUGGACAGGUUUUUGAAAUAUUUAAAGAUGCAUGUUUUGCAUGCGGAUUGUUGGAUGAUGAUAAGGAUUAUGUUGAUGUCGUCAAAGAAGCUAGCACAUGGUUAACCAGAGAUUUCUUGAGGACUUUUUUUGUAAUGUUGUUGCUGUCAAAUUCGAUAUCUUGUCCUGGUGUUUUUGGUCGGAAAAGAAGUCCCUGUUAUGUGAAGACAUUCUAUUUGGUUCUUCAACAAGAAGAACUUGAAAAUAUUUGUCUAUCUGAAACUGAAAAGUUGUUACUUAUCAAUGGGAGUACAGUGAGAAAUUUUGAUGAUAUGCCAAGUGUUCUGGAUAAUUAUGUUUCAUCGUCGAACAAUCGAUUGAUAAUGAAAGAACUAUCGUAUGAUAGAGUAGCUCUUCAAAGGGAACAUGGUGGUUAUGUAAAGUGUUUAACUGCCGAACAGGAAAGAAUAUAUAAAACUGUUAUGAAAGCGAUUGAAAAAGGUGAUGGAGGUGUCUUUUUUGCAUAUGGUUAUGCCGGAACUGGAAAGACGUUUCUUUGGAAGACAUUCGCAGCUGCAUUACGAUCUAAUGGUGAAGUUGUAUUGAAUGUUGCAUCCAGUGGAAUUGCUUCACUUUUGCUGGAUGGUGGUAGAACUGCUCAUUCAAGGUUUAUAAUUCCAAUCAACAUUAAUGAGUAUUCAAGCAACUUUGAUUUUUUGGAUGAAGCACCUAUGACUCACAAGCAUUGUUUCGAGGCUCUCGAUAGAACAAUGAGAGACAUAUCACGUUCCAGUCAACCAAACAUGGAAUGCAAGCCUUUUGGAGGAAUGGUCAUUCUAUUUGGUGGUGAUUUUAGACAAAUUCUUCCGAUCAUCCCUAAAGGUACCAGAACAAUGAUAGUCAAUGCUUCAUUGUGGGAUUUAACGUAUUUCCAACAAAGCGCGAUUCUUGCUCCAACUAAUGAAGUAGUGGAUUCAAUAAAUAAAGAGUUGUUAGAGAAUCUGCCUGGUGAAGAGAAGAUUUAUUUUAGUUCAAAUAGUUUAUGUCAAUCUGAGGAAAAAUCAGAGCUUAACAUGGCAUUGUUUCCUCCUGAUGUGUUAAACAAUCUUCGUUUGUAUGGUUUACCUAUGUCGCAACCCCCGACCCCUACCCCGGGAGCGGGCGGCCGUGAGGACAGUAUCAGUGGUAUCAGUGUUUCUUAA